AUGCACUUCAACAUCAGCAAAUUUAUCCUCUGCCUCUGGGUUGGAUUUGCAUACGCGCUUUCAUCCAGACAGGAGCAGGCCGACCAGAACACCGCGGUCGAGGUCAUUACCCGUGAUGUGGCCAUCAUCGGUGGUGGCUCAACCGGCACGUUUGCUGCCAUCAAGCUGCGCGACGAAAACCGAACCGUCAGCAUCAUCGAGCACAAAGGCCGGCUUGGCGGUCAGACAGAGACGUACACCGACCCUGUUACUGGAACUCCAAUUGACUACGGCGUCGCUUUCUUCCACGACCUUGAUAUUGUUCACGAAUACUUCAUCCGAUUCGGCGUUCCUCUGACCUAUAUUCCUCUUUCGGCCUCAACCGGAGGGACUACUGAGUACUUUGAUUUUACCACCGGCGUACGGACUAAUUACAGUCGGUCGGACUCAGCCGCCGCAUUAGAGGCUUACGCGGCUCAACUAGCAAAAUAUCCGUACUUGGAAGAAGGCUUUGACCUCCCUGACGAUGUGCCCGAGGACCUUCUCCUCCCAUUCGGCGAGUUUGCGAGCAAAUAUGGUAUUGGUGAUAUCGUCUUCAGCAUAUUCCAAGUUGAGCAAGGCUACGGCGAUUUUCUCCAGCUCCCUACCAUAUACGCCAUGAAACUUUAUGGGCUUUCCCUGGUUCAAGAGUUGCAAGCUGGGAAUGGGGUUUUGGGCACGCUUCGGGGGAACAAUAGCGAGAUCUACGGCCUCGCGGAGGCAGAGCUUGGUUCAGACGUCCACCUACAUAGUACAGUGCUUAAUGCGUCACGCGACGUCUCAUCUCCCACGGGCCAUUCGACAGAAAUUCUCAUCCAAACUCCGACGGGCCAGAAACUCAUCCAGGCCAAGAAGCUCCUCAUCACGAUCCCGCCCACGCUCGCGAACCUCGAGCCCUUCGACAUCGACGCCAACGAGCGCGCCCUCUUCUCCCAAUUCCACUAUGAUUAUUUUUGGACGGGCCUUCUCAACCAAACCGGUAUACCCGUGAACGUUUCAGUCUCAAACGUCGAUCCAUCCCGCCAAUUUUGGCUACCCGCGAUGCCCGCCGUUUAUGCAUUCUCCGUGACGCAUGUACCUGGGCUUAUCGACUGGAAGUACAGCGCACCGACAAAUUUGUCCGUCGACUCGGUGAAGAGAGAAACAAUCGCAGCCCUCGAUAGGAUUCGGGAUGGCGGACAGUUGAACUUCACCACCUCACCGGACGUUGAGCCCUCUUUCGUGGCGUUUGCGGACCACUCGCCUUAUGCGAUGAGGGUCGACCCUGAGGCAAUCAAAACAGGCUUUUACCAGAUGCUCUACGACCUGCAGGGAUACAAUAAUGUUUUUUGGACGGGUGCGGCAUGGCAUACGCAUGACUCGGGCUUGCUGUGGCGGUUCACGGACAAGAUAGUUAAUCAGCUGCUAGAGACUCUAUAA